UUCACAGUUCACACCAAUGGCUCGCUCUCACUCCAUCCUCCUCCUCUCCGCCACCCUCCUCAUCCUCUGUUCUCUCGCCCACGCCACUUCCCCUGGUCACAUUUUGACCGUGGUCAACAACUGCCCCUUCCCCAUCUGGCCCGCCAUCCAGCCCAACACCGGCGGCCAAAUCCUCGAACGAGGCGGCUUUUUCCUCCCCAGCCUCUCCCACCGCUCCUUCCCCGCCCCGACCCAGUCCUGGUCGGGUCGGAUCUGGGCCCGCACCCACUGCUCCCGCUCCAACAACCGCUUCUCCUGCCUCACCGGCGACUGCGGCGGCAAGCUCGAAUGCAACGGCGCCGGCGGCGCCACCCCAGCAACACUAGCACAGUUCGUCCUCCACCACGGCCCCAACGACUUGUGGUCUUACGGCGUCAGCCUCGUCGACGGGUUUAACGUCCCCAUGACGGUGACUCCUCACGAGGGCAAAGGCGUCUGCCCCGUCGUGGGCUGCAAAGCCGAUCUGCUCGCCACGUGUCCCGGCCAGCUGCAGGUGAGGUCGCACCCGGGGGUGGUCGCGUGUAAGAGCGCGUGUGAGGCAUUUGGGUCCGACGAGCUGUGUUGUCGGAACAAGUACAAUAGCCCCCAGACGUGUAGGGCGUCGAGCUUCUCGCAGUUCUUCAAGCACGCGUGUCCGGCUACGUUUACGUACGCGCACGACAGCCCUACCCUCAUGCACCAGUGCUCGUCGCCACGUGAGCUCAAGGUCAUCUUCUGCCACUAGCUAGAUGACGUUAAGGCAGCAAAACGGUGCCGUUCGGGACCGGCUAGCUAGCUUGGUUCCGGCCCAUAGUUUCGAAUAAAUAUUAGGAGGGAGAUUAUUAGGUUUAGUUUAGUUUCUAAGCUUGUGUUAAUUUCCUGUGUUAGCUAGCGUGGCGGUGUACUGGGAAUCUGGGUGUGGCUUAUGUAGUUUGUGAUCUGUGAUGUAUUGGCAUUGGCUUUAGCCGUUCAAUGAAUUCAAGUAUUUAAAGCAA